UUCAGGCGUCGAUAACCUAUCAAAUCAUUAUUGGCAGCAUCGUAUAUUCGGGUAUUUUUAAUUUUUUUAUUCAUACAUACAGACGCACACGCACCCUUCCAUACAAAUGCACAUUCAUUCCUUUAAAACUAACCUUUAAAACUAACCUUUAAAACUAAUCAUUAAAACUAACUAUACAAACUAUAUAUAUACAAUUAUUUACAAACAGUUUUUACAUAUGUUUUUACUGCACGAUAUAUGGUGUCUGUGUACUGUCAUGGUGGAAAUGUAUUGUAUCGGUUGGUAAGAAUGUAAUUGUGUGGGUGGUACAAUGUAUGGUGCAUGUUGUGUGACUGGUGGUGUGUACGGUGCAGGUUGUGUGGGCGGUGGAGUGUUCAGUGAGGGUUGUGUGAGUGGUGGAGUGUUCGAUGCGGGUUGCGUGGACUGUACAACGUAUGUUGCCGCGCUUGCGAUCUGUUUGUAUUUAUUUAAAAUGCUAUAUUAUUUAAAAUGAAUUGGUCAUACGCGUCCCAAUCGUCCUCCCUGGACUCGGAUGCGUGUAGCAUUUCUGCUAUUUGCUGUAUCUGGUUCACUGCUCCAGUCAGUUGUUCUACUUUUCUCCUUUUCCCGGGAUUUGAAGUUCCGGCAAAAGACGGCGCGGAUUUCAUCGACGGCGUUUCCUCCGCCGAAGUCCGGAUCUUCGCUGUCGGAAGUAGGCAGGCCGGUACACCAUCGCGAUGGUGCCGCAUUUGGAUAUGUCUGAAAGAGCGCGAGAACAUUAACACUUUUGCACACGAGUAGAGCACAUAAGAACAAAAUGUACCAGUGUGCUCUGCGAUUCUCUUCUCUUUUGCGUGGGUCUCAUGAAUUGAUCCAUGAUGUGCACCCACAGCAGCCGUUGUGUAUAUACUUCUUUGGCCCCCGCGCCUGACCUCAUGGAGGCCUCCACCUUCCUCUCGUUCUGGUACUGUGUACGGAGUAUUUUUAUUUUGUGCUUAGCUUCUGUAGGCCUCAGGCCAUCCUUCUCCAUCUCACGGAUCAAUACUUCGAUUGCCCCCGACCGCAUUUGUAUAUUUCGAUACGAGGACGAUGUAAUGUCCCACAGGCAGUCGUGCUGCCUGUACAGCUCGACGAACUUCACCGUUUCGUUUUCACUCCACUUCAUUGUCGUUUAACAGUCACUGCUAAUAGUAAACUGCUCCCACGAAUCGUUUCUGUUUAAAUAGCAAUUUUUUCGAAGUACCUGCAUCAGGGCGCGUUGUAGUGGGGUAAAGGAGACAAGUAAUGUACUGGGGUUGCCGAAAAAUGAGAAAAGAUCAGAAUAAUUAAUAUUUCGGCACAUAAUAUAUCCCCUAAUAUAUCCAUUUUCGGUCCUUUUGUGAGAAAAUUGGUUUUAUUUCUCACUUCUUGUUCUGUCGCGACCCCACGUGCGACCGAAGAAAUGAAUAGAACGAACGAAUAGGACUUGAGGCAUUCCGCGCAUAGGUAAGAACUCUUACCAUGCAAUGAGCACCAAAGCAAUUUCUUGUAUCUUUAAUAGUUUAGGAAAUAAUGGACUGUUUCCAGUUACGCGAGGCACACUGUAUAAUAGACAGGUAUUUCACAAAUGGUUCGUUUAUUAAAAUUUUUUUUUAAAUUUUCUCUUAAGGGGGGCAAUACAAUUGGAAGCCAUAAAUUUGCAAGCUUUUGCGGAAAUUUUUUGAACACAAAGAAAUAGUCGUACAUUUUUGAAACUUUGGCAUUUAUUAAUACCUAUAUUAAGGUACAAAAUCAUAUUUUUUUUAAUCUAUAAUUUUUCAAAAUGGUGGUUUUAUUAAUACGAUAGUCCAACAGGUCCGCGCGGGAGGUGGAAAUCGGGGUGACGUGUAGCGCCCGUUAUAUCCUUCUCAAACAUUGGAAACAGAAAGAACUUAUUACUCAUACCCAUAGUUUCUAAUUGUACCUAAAUACAAAUUGAAAAGUUGAGAAUUGGAAGAUUUAUAUGCGUUUGGAAAAAAUAGUAAAUUUUUACAGGUUUUCUUGUGUACUUUUUUUAUAUUUUUGCAAUAACAAAGUACUUUUUACAAAAACAAUUAGGUUUAGCGACAAGGUAACAGUGUUAUGAAGCUGUGAUAAAAAUUUCAGAAAGAUCGGUUAAAUAAUUUUUGAGUUACAGUUCCCGCCAAUUUAAAAAAUCAUGUUUCGAGAAAAACGCGUUUAAAGUUUUGCUUGGCCUCAGCAAUGCUCAAGAGGCGUGUCACGCUCGGAGGCUAUAGCUUCAAAAAUACUUCGAAUUUCUUUUUCAAAUUUUGGGAUGAUAUUCUUGACAUAUUGAACUAACAAUUUAUGAAAAAAAAAAAUGUGCAUUUUUUGAAAGUUCUAAUUGUAUUGCCCCCCUUAAUAAUUCAAAAAUGAAGCUUUAAACAACAUUUUCCCAUAGGAAAAUGUUUAGCAUCACCCCAGCUAUCACCCCCUUAAACAACUUACACUCUUUCUGGGACAUCCUGUAUAUAUAUCACAAACCAAUUCCACCAACAUUACAGAUGUAUAUAUGUACAAAUAAAAUUAUAUAAAUACUAGAGAAUUAUCGUACAAAAUUGAACAAUGGAAAAAUAAUAACAGUUUCUGUAUAAGAAUUUAUAAUACAUUUAAUAUUUCUUAUAUUUUCCCUCCGGCUCCGGUUAGUGUCUGACGUGCCGUUUUGAGUCACGUUGGUUACAAUGAAUUUGAAUACGAGUGACCUAACAGUCUAUAUUGUGUACGCAACACGAGAUAGUAAAAAUUAUUGCAAUUUUUAGAAUACACAGCGAGUAUUAUAUGUAUAUUAAGAAUACACAGUACUGAUAUAAAUAGUCAAAAAUGAUCAAGGAUUUUGUUAUCCCCAUAAACAAAGAUGAGCUCUUGCAAAGGAAUAUUGAAAAAUAUAAUGUUAAACAAAUUGUUCCAAUAAGUGUAAUUCCGCAAGCUCUCAAUGAAGCAAGAACAGCGCUUCAAACUAGUGGAAUUUGUUUUAUUAUUGAACACUUUGAUACAUUUUUUUCUAUAAUUUUGCAGGUAAAUAAAAUUGUAUUGCCAAUUGUUAUGCAUGGUUUUAGUAGAAUUCAUAAAGCAUUAGAAAUAUUGAUUGUUGACAUGGAAAGUAUAUUAGAGAACCAGACUAAAUUAAGCGAAGAAGAGAGAUUAAAAUAUCUAAAUGUGACUAAAAUGCUUGCAUAUUUAUUUUCAUUGUUUGUUUGCUAUAUAAAUGAUAAAAUUCUUAAAGAUGGAAGUGAUAAACUUAGUGGAAAGCGUAAGAAAGGUACUAGAUCUGAUAUGGAAGAAGAAUGGGAAUAUACUAGAGAGAAAGCAUUAGAAUAUGUUUAUAGAUUAUUACAAUUACCUUUACACAAACUUUGGCAACCGCCUAUUGUUGAAGACUCAUUCACAGAAAUACUCACUAAAGUGUGUUAUAAAAUGAUAGAACAGUGUACACAUUCCAAACAAAAACAUCUAAGACAAACUAUUUUUGAGAUUUUAGGUACUUCGGUUAAGAGAUAUCAUCAUGGAAUAAGCUGUGUAGUAAGAAUGGUUCAGUUGGUGAAAUUACGUGAUGUGUUACCAUCACAUAUAGGAAUUGGAGUGGUGCAUAUGAUUGAUGAAUGUGGUUGUAAUGGUUUAUUAAGGGAAAUAAUAAAAGAAAUUGAUCAAAGCGAACCAUCCGAAAGUGACUGUCGUAAUAUUUCAGCAUUUCUUGAAACCAUUGCCACUGCUAAACCAAAUCUUAUAAUUCCUAUUCUUGAUGAUAUAGUAGAUUAUCUGUCUAGUGAACAUUACACUAUGAGAAUUUGCAUUAUUAACAUCUUCGGAGUAAUUGUAGAAAAAAUAUUAACCGGAGAUGAGCUUACCCAAGAACAGAAAAAGCAGCGUGAUGAAUGCCUUAAUAUUUUAGAAGAACAUAUUCUAGAUGUUAAUGCUUAUGUAAGGUCAAAGGUUUUACAAAUUUGGCAACAUUUAUGUUGUGAAGGUGCAAUUCCUUUAACAAAGCAAGGAAAGCUUUUAGCUGCUGUGGCAUUACGAUUAGAAGAUAAAAGUAUAACUGUACGAAAACAAGCUUUGCAGCUGAUACGUGCGUUAGUUCAAGGCAACCCAUUUGCAGCUAAAUUAAAUAAAGUAGAGAUUUCUAAAUCGUUAGAGAAGGAAGAAAUAACGCUAAGAAAGCUACAAGCUGAAACUGUUAGUAAAAGUACUCGUGGUGAUAGUCAGAGAUUAGAAUUAUGGAAUGCUUUGCUUCCGAAAAUAAGAGAAGCAUUAAAAGAAGUUAUUAAUCGCACGAAAGAGAGGAGCAACAGACGAGAUCUAGAGGAUGAAGAUGAAGAAAAUAUUGAUAUUGACCCUAAUACAGCGUUUGAACACGUCAGACAAUUAAUGUUAAAAGAAAAAAUUCUGGAAGCAGUAAAAUGUUUGUGGAAGGUUUGUAUUAAAUUGAAGGAAAGUCCAGAAAUUGAAAAUUUUUCUGCCGAAGCAAAAGAAGAAUGUCUGUUUUUACUUUUAUUGAAAACAUUUAUGGAAUCAGAAAAUGGUCCAAACAAUGUACAAGAAAAUGCUGAUAACAGAGAAUCAUUAGAUAAAGAUAAAGAAAAUAUAGUAGGAGCAAAACGCGUUGUAAAUUAUUUAAAGCAUUGCUUAGAAUUUGCCACUGAACUAGAAAUUGCUAUACCUAUGGCAGAAAAAUUACUUUUUUCUGAAACGGCAAGCGAUGCUGUUGAAGCAUGUACUUUGCUUGGAACUGCUUAUCAAUUUGGUGUAGUGGGAGCAACAACCGCUAUAUGCGAUGCUCUGUAUCAAGUAUUUCACCGUGAUCCAUCGGUACGCAAUAAUAUUGCAGAGGUGUAUAAAAGUAUUUACUUAGUUAAUAAUGAAAGUCAAAAAUCAGAGCGACAUAAUGCUCUAACCUGUGUUAAAGCAUUGGUUGAAUUGUUAAAAUCACUUCAACCAAAUCAAAGUCCAGCUUUAACUCAGCUAAUUUUAACGUGGUACAAUAAUAAUGAUAUAAAUAGUGAAGUACUACAGGUAUUGUGGGAAAAGUUUUCAAUGAAGUCCUCAGACACAAAUUCAUUAGAUAGUAGGACAGCAUUGAUGUUAAUAACAAUGAUUGCCCAGGCUGAAAGCAAUAUUAUAACAGGAAAUUUGAAAGUAUUGAUAAAAGUAGGAUUAGGACCACGAGCAAAAACUGAUCUGUUAUUAGCCAGAGAUACCUGUCGAGCAUUGUUAAAAAUAAAACACAAAACUGAUGAUAUUGAAAAUCCUCCUGUCAGGUAUUCAAAUGACCAUGAAAUAUUUACAAAAAUUCUUAUUCUACUGACAGAAAAUUUUACUAAUAUGGAAGAAGACGCAUAUGUUUCAUUUGCGACAGAUGCAAUUAGUACCAUUUACCAUUUAGCUGAUCAACCGGAGUAUUUAAUAAAGAAAUUAUUGUUAGAAGUGUAUAAACGAGGACAAUUUGAUAUUGGUUUGCCUGUUCCAUUUUUUCUGUUAUCUAAACUGUUAUAUCUAGUCGGGCACGUUGCAAUUAGAGAAAUGGUACAUUUAGACAUAUCAGUUUACAGGGAAUUAAAACGAAGAGAUGUUAUACGACAAUUACGAAAAGAAAAGAAUUCAAAUAAAAAAGAAAAAGAAUUUGAUAGAUCUGUGAACUCCACUUCAACGAGCACCCCAAGCAGUGCAAGACAAAUGAUUCGGAGUAAAGAGACAACUAUCACCGAAGAUAAUGGAGAAGAAGCUGUUGAAGGCGCGGUAGAAGAUACGGAUGCAGAAUUUAUAAAUGAUGUUCUUGAAAAUCAUGUUGUGACCGGUGAUGGAUUUUUAUCAAAAUUUGUGCCAUUAGUAUUAGAUGUGUGUCGAUAUCCUGAUAAACAUAAUAGUGAAGAUCUACAAGCCGCUGGUGCCCUUGCCCUUAGCAAAAUGAUGCUAGUAAGUUCCAUUUUUUGCGAAGAGUCAUUACAAAUGUUAAUUACGAUCUUAGAACGUUCACCCUACCCUAAUAUUCGGGCUAAUGUUCUUAUUGGAAUAAGUGAUCUAACAACUAGAUUUCCAAAUCAAAUUUUACCAUGGAUGAAACACGUUUACGGCAGACUUCGGGAUGAAAAUAUAACCGUACGAAGAUCGUGUUUUCGAGUUUUAUCAAGUCUUAUACUGAGAGAAAUGUUGCGUGUGAGAGGUCAAAUAUCAGAAUUAGCUGUGUGCAUUGUUGACCAUGAUGAACAACUCCGAAACGAUGCGAGACAAUUUUUCAAAGUACUUUCACAAAAAGGCAACACAUUGUACAACGUAAUGCCUGAUAUAUUAUCUCAUUUAACCGACCCUGAAUUAAAUUUGAAUGAAGCUGAUUUUCACGAAAUUUUAAAGAUCAUUUUGAAUUUACUACAAAAGGAAAAACAUGUUGAUUCUAUAAUUGAUAAGAUUUGUGCUAGGUUUAAACUAGCCACUACAGAAAGACAGUGGCGUGACUUUGCAUAUUGUCUUUCACUUUUACAGUUUAGUGCAAAAAGUUUACGUCGUCUUAUUGAAAGUUUACCUCUACUAAAGGAAAAGAUUCAUCACAAUCAAGUUUCAAAAGCAUUGCAAUCCAUUAUAGAGCAAACAAAGCAAAAACCAAAUACAAAAGCGAUUUCCGUCGAACUGGAAGAAAAGAUGAAGGAACUUUUACAAAAAACAGAGAAUUCAACACAGAAUGAUAACGAAAUGAUGCCACCACCACAGUUGAUACCGAAAGCAAGAAAGCGUGGUCGACGAGCUGCUUCAAAACGUAAAAGUAGGGGUGCAAGAGAAGAUGAUGAAGAAGAAGAAAAUGAUGAUGACGAUGACGAUGAUGGUGAUGAUGAAAUGGAUAACGAUUUAAGUAUAUCUACAACAAGUAAGAAAAAAGAAAAAUCGCAUGAACUUCAAUCAAGUUUUGGUUCUGAUGAAUCAAUCGAAUUUCAAAGACGAUCUACUGUAAAUCCAUCUACAUCAAGUGUAAGAAGAUCAAUCCGAAACAAGGGUAUCGAUUUAGCACCGCCGCUUCCGAAGAAAACUAAACAGGCUGUAACACCAGUAUGUUUUCCAAAAAGAUCCUCAGCGCGGUUAUCGCACUCACGAAACAAGGAAUCAAAUUUUUAAAUAUAUACUUAUAUAUACAUAUUUGCAUAACUAAUAUACAAUUUUUUAUUUUUUUAAAAAUCAUACUAAGGCUUAAAAGGAAAGUAAGUGACAAAUAUACAUGCAAAUCGAUUUUUUAAUUAUUUUAAUAAAAAUAAUGAUAAAAUACCUUUUGCAGUGUACCUAUUAACUGUAUCAAAUGGUAAAAAGUAAUUUCGUGUAUUUUAUGUAUAUUUGGAUGUUUCAAAGAGUUUAUAUCUACAGAGUCUUUCGUUACCAAUUAUUUAACAGGACCAUGGAAAAAUUUUAUAAAUGUUCAAGUAAAUAUCGAGUUUUUUAUAUAUAAUAGUUAUAUGUAAUUACAGAAACUGUUAAUUCUAAAAAUAAAUUUAUUUAUUUAAAAAUAAA